AAUUUCAACCAUCCUGAACCAUUUUUUGUUUUUCUUUUCUUUCAGGGAAAAAUGCUGAUCAUCCAGUUGUGAGGACCGGUGACAACUGAGCGCUGGUGGCGUGCCAAGAGUGGGGACAGUUGUCUUUGCCGUGCUAACCGUCCUUAAUCUGAACUGCCAGUAGUGCCCCUUGCCGUUUGGGGGUUGCACGGGAGAACCCCGAUAAGCCUAGGAAGCAGCCCGGCGCAAAACAGGAUGUUUGGACGAUGAUGAUGGCAAGGAAGCAAGAUGUCCGCAUUCCCACCUACAACAUCAGUGUGGUGGGCUUGUCCGGGACGGAGAAGGAGAAAGGCCAGUGCGGCAUCGGGAAGUCCUGCCUCUGUAAUCGGUUUGUGCGGCCGAGGGCAGACGACUUCCACUUGGACCACACCUCCGUUCUCAGCACCAGUGACUUUGGGGGACGGGUGGUUAACAAUGACCACUUCCUCUACUGGGGAGAAGUGGUGCGCUCCCUGGAGGACUGUGUGGAAUGUAAAAUGCACGUUGUGGAGCAGACCGAGUUCAUCGACGACCAGACUUUCCAGCCGCACCGCAGCACCGCCUUGCAGCCGUAUAUCAAGAGGGCCGCGGCCACCAAGCUGGCCUCCGCCGAAAAGCUCAUGUACUUUUGCACCGACCAGCUCGGCCUGGAGCAAGACUUCGAGCAGAAGCAGAUGCCCGACGGGAAGCUGCUGGUGGACGGCUUCCUCCUCUGCAUCGACGUCAGCCGUGGCAUGAACAGGAACUUUGAUGAGCAGCUCAAGUUUGUCUCCAACCUCUAUAACCAGCUUGCCAAGACGAAGAAGCCCACCGUGGUGGUCCUGACCAAGUGCGACGAAGGCGUGGAGCGCUACAUCCGGGACGCCCACACGUUCGUCUUCAGCAAAAAGAACCUCCAGGUGGUGGAGACCUCGGCCAGGUCCAACGUGAACGUCGACUUGGCCUUCAGCACUUUGGUGCAGCUGAUCGACAAAAGCCGGGGGAAGACUAAAAUCAUCCCCUACUUCGAGGCUUUGAAACAACAGAGCCAGCAGAUAGCUGCCGCCAAGGACAAGUACGAGUGGCUGGUGAGCCGGAUUGUUAAAAACCACAAUGAAACCUGGGUCAACGUCUCGCGAAAGAUGCAAUCCUCUCCGGAAUAUCAGGAUUAUGUCUACUUGGAAGGGACUCAGAAAGCAAAGAAGCUUUUCUCACAGCACAUCUUUCGCCUGAGGCAAGAGCAUAUCGAGCGCAGGAAAAAGAUGUAUCUGGCCAUGUUGCCUCUUGCCUUCGACGCCCUGAUCCCAAACCUGGAUGAAAUCAACCAUCUGAGUUGCAUCAAAGUGGAGAAGCUGCUGGAGACCAAGCCGGACUUCUUAAAGUGGUUCGUCGUGCUUGAGGAGACGCCCUGGGACGCCACCAGCCACAUUGACAACAUGGAGAACGACCGCAUCCCCUUCGAUGUUAUGGACACCUUGGCGGCCCAGCAGCUCUACGAGACCCACCUGGAGAAGCUGAGGAACGAGAGGAAGAGGGCAGAAAUGAGAAGGGCCUUCAAGGAGAAUCUGGAGACGUCUCUUUUCAUCACCCCGGGAAAGCCUUGGGAGGAAGCUCGCAGUUUCAUCAUGAACGAGGAUUUUUACAUGUGGCUAGAAGAAUCGGUGUACCUGGACAUUUACGGUCGGCAUCAGAAGCAGAUCAUCGAGAAGGCCAAGGAGGACUUCCAGGAGCUGCUCCUGGAGUAUUCGGAACUCUUUUACGAGUUGGAGCUCGAUGCCAAACCCAGCAAAGAAAAAAUGGGGGUCAUCCAGGACGUCUUGGGGGAAGAGCAGAGGUUUAAAGCGUUGCAAAAGCUGCAGGCCGAACGAGACGCCCUGAUCUUGAAACACAUCCACUUUGUCUACCAUCCCACCAAGGACACCUGUCCCAGCUGCCCGGCUUGCGUAGAUGCUAAGAUAGAGCACUUAAUAAGUUCCAGGUUUAUCAGGCCCUCGGAUCGCAAUCAGAAGAACUUGCUUUCCGAUUCCAACAUUGACCGCAUCAACUUAGUCAUCCUCGGGAAAGACGGACUCGCCCGUGAGCUAGCCAACGAGAUCCGAGCUCUUUGCACGAACGACGACAAGUACGUGAUAGACGGGAAAAUGUAUGAGCUCUCCUUGAGACCCAUUGAAGGGAACGUCCGGCUCCCCGUUAACUCUUUCCAGACGCCCACCUUUCAGCCCCACGGCUGCCUCUGCCUUUAUAACUCUAAGGAGUCCCUGUCUUACGUGGUGGAGAGCAUCGAGAAGAGUCGAGAGUCCACCCUCAGCCGAAGGGACAACCACCUUGCUCACCUUCCUCUCACCCUGAUUCUGGUGAACAAGAGAGGGGACACCAGUGGAGAAACCCUGCACAGCUUAAUACAGCAAGGCCAGCAGAUUGCGAGUAAAUUGCAGUGCGUGUUCCUCGACCCGGCUUCUACCGGCAUAGGAUACGGGCGCAACAUUAACGAAAAGCAGAUCAGCCAAGUCCUGAAAGGCUUGCUGGAUUCGAAGCGCAACUUAAACCUGAUGAGCUCAACCGCAAGCCUUAAAGAUCUGGCCGACAUCGACCUUCGGAUCGUCAUGUGCUUGUUGUGCGGAGACCCUUUCAACGCCGACGACAUCCUUCUCCCCGUUCUUCAGUCCCAAACCUGCCGGCCCUCCCCUUCUGGAAGUAGCAAUGCGGUGUUACUCGAGUACCCCAUUGGACCCCACAAGAGACGCAUCGAGCUCUCCUUGCUCUCUUUCCACUCCGCCUUCAGCAUCCGCAAAAGCUGGCUGGUCCACGGCUACAUUUUGUUUUACUCUGCCAGGCGCAAGGCAUCUCUGGCUAUGUUGCGUGCCUUUCUUUGCGAAGUGCAGGACAUCAUCCCCGUUCAGAUUGUGGCGCUCACGGAGGGCUCCCUCGACGUCCUGGACAACGACCUGAGCCGGGAGCAGCUGACCGAGGGGGAGGAGAUCGCCCAGGACAUCGAAGGGAAAUUCACGAGCAUCCCCUGCAGCCAGCCUCAGCACAAGCUGGAAGUCUUCCACCUGUUCUUCAAGGAUGUGGUGGAGAGGAAGAACAUCAUUGAGGCGACCCACAUGUACGACAAUGCGGCGGAGGCCUGCAGCACCACGGAGGAAGUCUUCAACUCUCCCCGGGCGGGCUCCCCUCUCUGCAAUUCCAACCUGCAGGAUUCCGAAGAGGACGUCGAGCCCCCCAGCUACAGCCCGUUCCGAGACGACGGCUCCAUGCCCGCCUUGUCCAAGGACCUGUCCAAGCUGUCCAUGGAGCUGGAGAGCAACGAUGGGAUUUCGGUCUUCUCCGUGAUGAGCACUUUCGAAAGCAAGCUGAACAGCAAGGUUCCUCCGCCGGUGAAACCAAAGCCCGCCGUCCACUUUGAUAUUACCAAGGGGGAUCUCUCUUACUUGGAGCAAGGGCACCGAGAGGGGCAACGGAAACCCGUCUCCUCCAGCAGCUGGCCGCCUACCGAUGGCUUCGACCCUUCGGAUUAUGCCGAGCCGAUGGACGCCGUGGUCAAACCCAGGAGCGAGGAGGAGAACAUCUACUCCGUGCCUCACGACAGCACCCAGGGCAAAAUCAUCACCAUUCGGAACAUCAACAAAACCCAGUCCAACGGGAGCGGCAACGGGUCGGACAGCGAGAUGGACACCGGGUCGUUGGAGCGGGGGCGCAAGGUCUCGCUGACCAGCAAGCCGGUGCUGUAUCGGACCCGGUGCACGAGACUCGGGCGCUUUGCCAGUUUCAGGACCAGUUUCAGCAUAGGCAGCGAUGAUGAGCUGGGGCCCAUCAGGAAGAAAGAGGAAGACCAGACGUCCCAGGGCUACAAAGGAGAUAAUGCUGUCAUUCCCUACGAGACAACGGACGAAGACCCCAGGAAAAGAAAUAUCUUACGUAGCUUGAGAAGGACCACCAAGAAACCAAAGCCGAAGCCUCGACCAUCUAUCACAAAGACUACAUGGGAGAGCAACUAUUUUGGGGUGCCUUUGACCACUGUAGUGACCCCAGAGAAGCCCAUCCCCAUUUUUAUUGAGAGAUGCAUUGAAUACAUUGAAGCAACAGGUAAGCAGGAAGGCCAUGUUUUAAUGGUUAAAGUUGAGAUCAAUGACCGAGAGCAGAGGCUGCAGGCGCUGAAAGAGGUGCUGAGGAAGUUCCCCAGGGAGAAUUACGAGGUCUUCAAAUACGUCAUCUCUCAUCUGAACAAGGUGAGCCACAACAACCGCAGCAACCUGAUGACCAGCGAGAACCUCUCCAUCUGCUUCUGGCCCACCCUGAUGCGCCCCGACUUCAGCACCAUGGACGCCCUGACCGCCACCCGCAUCUACCAGACAAUCAUCGAACUCUUCAUCCAGCAGUGCUCUUUCUUCUUCUGCAGCCGGCCCAUCGUCGAGCCCGCCGGCGCCACCCCCAACUCCCCCUCGGCCCUGCCCAUCAGCGCCCCUUUCCUCUCCUCCACGCCCAUCAUCGCCCAGCCCUCCCCGCCCCAGACGCCGCCCCCCUCGCCCCAGUCCCCCCUCCAGUCCCUGCUCCCGCCGCAGCUCCAGGCCGAGCAGCACACACUGUGA